GCGGACGGACGAGUCUUCUUCAUUCAACCCCCCGCCCCCUCCCUCUCUGAGUUCUAGGGUUUCUCUGCCCGUCCCCCUGAACUGAAUCAAAUUCCAUGCAGCUCUAGCGUUCCCUUUUCCGUUGAGAAGGGAAAUUCGAUUGCUUGGUCUUGAAUUCAUGGGCGGCGGCGUCUCCGAUUCUUGACAGCUCUCUUGGAGUUUGCAAUGGAGGUGCCGGUGAUGGAUGAGGUCAAGAAGACUGAAGAUCAUAUGACUUCCGCUGCAGCUUUUGUGGAGGGGGGAGUCCAAGAAGCCUGCGAUGAUGCGUGUAGCAUCUGUUUGGAGGCCUUCUGCGACAGUGACCCUUCAACUGUAACUAGUUGCAAGCAUGAGUUCCACCUUCAGUGCAUUCUUGAAUGGUGCCAGCGAAGCUCAAAUUGUCCAAUGUGUUGGCAGCCCAUUAGCCUGAAGGAUCCCUCCAGUCAAGAAUUGCUUGAGGCCGUGGAACAGGAGAGGAGCUUUAGGUUGAAUCCUUCAAGAAAUUCCACUAUAUUCCAUCAUCGCACCUUGGGGAAUUUUGAGUUGCAGCAUUUACCAGUUGGUGCUAGUGAUGUGGACCUUGAAGAGCGUAUUAUCCAGCAUUUGGCAGCCGCUGCUGCAAUGGGAAGGAGCCACCACAUUGCUCGCAGGGAAGGGCAAAGGAGUCGGUCAUCUGUUCAUGGUCGUCCACAGUUUAUGGUGUUCUCCACCCAUCCUAAUGCACCUCCUGCUGGUCAUGUUUCUGCCUCAUUAUCUGCUGUUGGAGGGGAAUCUGAACCGGCUGCAAUUACUGUAGCAAGCCCAUCUCGUCCACUUGUUGGUGAGGAUGAGCCCCAACGUCAUGGGCCACAGUUUCUUUCUGCUCAAGGCAGUCAGAUUUCUUCUUCAUCAUCUGGAUCUACUAUCAUGCCAACCAAUCGACAAGGAAUCUCCCUUAAUAAUCGUCAAUCUUUUCUGCCUAAUCAAGAUAGGGCUGGACCUUCAGAUUUCCAGUCAUUGUCAGAGUCGUUGAAAUCUCGAUUUAAUGCGAUGUCAAUGAGAUACAAAGAAUCAAUUUCGAAGAGUACAAGAGGAUGGAGAGAGAGGCUGUUUUCUCGGAACACUUCCAUGGCAGAUCUUGGUUCUGAAGUUAGGAGAGAAGUGAAUGCUGGAAUUGCUAGCGUCUCUCGUAUGAUGGAGCGUCUCGAAACCAGAGAAAAUAGUAGAGGUGACUCUGCUUCAGGCUCACAUAAUUUAGUGGAUCCAUUGGUUGCAGAGCAACACAACCAUGAUAAUGUGGAGACUGAUGCUGAGACCUCGCUGAAUGACAGCAAUGCUGCAGCUACAGCUCCUAGUUCAGUUUCAACUUAAGUUAUUUGACUAUGUUUAAGCAAUUUGCAUCUGCCCUCAGCAUUUCAUCUUUGAAGGUUGUUGACCCCCUGGUCUCCAGAUAUGACAUGCUGAGGAUAAAGAUGCUUUUGCAUUCUAGGCUGAGGUGGUGGUGCCGCUGCUGGGAAGAAUGAAAAGCUUCUGGUAAGAAGAGGAAGCAGAGAGAGAGAGAGAGAGAGAGAGCUUCCCCUUUCUUAAGUAGUAGUUAUGAAUCUGUAAAUGUUAUGGGUAAUAUAAAUGGAGAUUUAUAACAUCUAAUAUAUGGGAUAUAUAAAUAUGGUUCAGAUACAUACUUGAUAUAUGAACACCAAAACUGUGUCUGUUUUCUUAA